AUGCGUGAGGAAUUCAACAAUAAUAUUAGCAACGAAACAAAAGUUUUAGUUCCCUCCUCCAUCACUCAAGCAGUCCUGGUUCAGUCAACGCCGAUGCCAGAGUCUUCAAAAACAGUUAUUGGACCAGAUUUCAAUAAAAAUUUAUCUUUGGGUGAAUUAAUUGGCUCAUAUUACUCUAGGAUUGGUUUUCAAGCCACUAGUCUAGGUAGAGCUAUUGAAAUUAUUAAUAAAAUGCGUAAAUGGAGAUUAUCAGAUGAUCCAAUUGAAGAAGACGAGACGGAUCAUUACCUGAAUCCGAAAAUACGUGAGAAUACCAAAUGUAAAAUAUUUUUUGGCUACACAUCCAAUAUGGUAUCGUCAGGAUUGCGAGAAGUGUUUAGAUUUCUUGUGGAGCAUCGAUAUGUUGAUGUUGUGGCGACUACGGCUGGUGGUGUGGAGGAAGAUUUUAUAAAAUGUUUAGCACCCACAUAUAUAGGCGAUUUUCAUUUGCCAGGUAAAGAGCUAAGAAAAAAUGGAUUAAAUCGUAUUGGAAAUUUAGUAGUGCCUAACGAUAAUUAUUGUAAAUUUGAGGAUUGGGUGACGCCUAUUCUGGAUAAGUUAUUGGAAGAGCAAAAGAGCAAAGGAAUAAUAUGGACACCGUCAAAGAUUAUCCAUAGAUUAGGCAAAGAGAUUAAUAAUCCAGACUCUAUAUAUUAUUGGGCAUAUAAGAAUGAUAUUCCAGUAUAUUGUCCAGCAUUGACGGAUGGAUCAUUAGGAGAUAUGAUUUAUUUUCAUUCAUUUAAAAAUCCCGGAUUGAUUAUCGAUAUUGCUUCAGAUAUUCGAUCAUUAAAUGAUCAAGCUGUUUUUGCAAAAAAAACUGGCAUGAUAAUUUUAGGUGGUGGUGUUAUUAAACAUCAUAUAUGUAAUGCAAACUUAAUGAGAAAUGGAGCAGAUUAUUCUGUCUAUAUUAACACGGGACAAGAAUUCGAUGGUAGCGAUGCAGGUGCUAGACCUGACGAAGCAGUCAGUUGGGGGAAGAUUAGUGUUGAUGCAGAACAUGUAAAGGUAAUUAAUUAA